UUUCGUGCAUCCACACCAUCAGGAUGCCUGCGCAAAUUUAGCAAUCUGGCACCGAAUGGGGGCAUUUUACAACUCAUCCCUCUUUCGUUUUCUUAAAAGUCCGUUUCUAGUCCUCAAGGGUGUCGGGUAUGUUCUCUCUCGAAAGUACAGAAAUACUUUUGGCCGGGAGACGACUUGGCGCAUCCGCUCGGCCUCCCAGGAGAGCACCCUUCACCUUCACUGCAGUCAGUUCAGCAAACUGCCGCCUCAAAUGCUGCCAAAGCGCCACAUGAAAGACAGGAGAAACAUAAACACCAAGCACAUCCCUCUCCAAUGGAGGAGAUGAAUGUGUGCCGGUGUGCACGCCUAUACUGUGACCUGUGCGAUCAUGACAUCUGAGGUAUAAGCCUACUACCCUUAGACACCCCCCCAACCCAUCCGCAGCAACCUCAAGCUGUUCUCCACCUGCUCCACAACAUGAGCCGGCCCUGCGGUCCCUGCACCAGGUUGAAACUAUUGGGGACAGGGCACUGAAGCCGCCACUGCUUGAUAUGUGCCGAUUAUUUAGGAGCAGAAGGCAUCGCCCUGGGAAAAACCCAGACCAAAACGAGCUCCUUUCUUUGCACGGCUCCGUUUGUUGUCCCUCGCGGCUGUCUCUGUGUGGAAAGGGCGGCCUUUUUCCCGCGACCGAGAGAGGCUUCCUCUCUUUUCCAAGUGCCUCAGGCAGUUACAACAGGCGGCAAAAGCGCAACAUAUAUAAUCUAGGAUGGGAGAAACGUCGCCCACCCUGGGCGCACUGGAGACGAGACGCGCCAAUACAGACACCACACCGGUGGAAGGCGCUAUCGGCGUGGGACAGGCCGCGGCCCUCCUACAGCGGGCGGGAUUUGCUUUGCAAAUACAGUGCUAUCAGUGUGAGGAAUUUCAGCUAAAUAAUGAUUGCUCGUCCCCAGAGUUCAUAGUGAAUUGCACUGUGAAUGUCCAAGAUAUGUGUCAAAAGGAAGUCAUGGAACAAAGUACAGGGAUCCUGUAUCGCAAGUCCUGCGCAUCCUCUGCAGCUUGCCUCAUGACCUCUGCCGGAUACCAGACUUUCUGUACUCCAGGGAAGAUAAACUCUGUUUGUAUAAGCUGCUGCAAUACUCCACUCUGCAAUGGGCCCAGGCCAAAGAAGAGAGGAAACUCUGGCACCAUGCCCAGGGCUGGUGUAUUAACAACCAUACUGCUCUCUAGCUUGGCAUUUUUAACACCAGUACACUGCUGAACUCUAAUGGAAGAUUUUUUGUUGUUGUUGGCAUCGUUUUGUCCAGACACAGCUGGUUUCCAUUGUAAUAAUUGCUGUUUGCUUCCAACUGCUAAAAGAAGAGUUUGAUUUGAAAAAUCCUCAGCAACUUCGUUAGCAGCAGAAUAGGUCUAGUUGUCCUGUCAAGCACUUAAAAAAACAAAAAAAAAGCCGUCACCCAUGUAGAACCCAUAUUCAUUUAUGUUAUUGGGAACGUAGUCUAUUGAAACAAAGCACUUAAACUUGAAGGGUGCAACCACAUAGGUUGCAAAAAACCCUUUGUGGUGCUUUUUUAUUUAUUUCAAAAAAAAUAAUCAAAUUUUUAGCAUACUGUAUCAUCCAGCUCUGUUUUUUUUAAUGUGGAUUCACAGUUCGUGUUCACAAAGUCCAUUUUGGUUAGCAGGGCUAGGAUCUGUGCAAGU